GCACCGCAUCACAUACCCGGGUAGUUCCCUCCUCAGACCCGGAGGGCAUCUAUCUCUCCUCACGUCGUAAAAGCUGCGACCGUCAACUCUCGAUCCGACCGACCUCUCGACAACUCGCUAUUCCUCUUACCUUACCCGAUUUACAAGCCCUCCCGCCCUAGCUCGCUAGGUCACCUGGAAAUCAUCCAUAGCUUUGUUCCGGUUAUCCCCCCUCCCUCGGCCCAUCCGACUAUCCCGUGUCCGUUGCUCGUCCCGAACCUCGAGCCUCCCCGGCCGUGAACUCUCUCACCAUUCCGUCAAUCAUCACCGCCGUCCUCGUCCUUUUCGUUGCUGUCCUUACCGCCCUGCUCUUCGCAACGUCUCCCACGAACCCCAGCGCCGCCGCCGAAAUGGACUGGACCAAGGGUAUCAUGCCCCUGCACCAGGUGCACAAACCUCCUUUCACCGUCGAGUCGCCCGGCUACGAACGCGUCGACGGCGAGACUCUCCCCCGCCGCCACUGGAAGGCCAAGGAUGGAUUACGAACGCAACCUCAUCCCGACAUUCGUACAGUCUACGACAUUGUCAAGCGGAGUGCGCAAGUCUACGCCAACGAACCCGCUGUCGGUACCCGUAAGCUCGUGCAUCUUCACAAGGAGAAGAAGAAGGUGCCCAAGAACGUCGAUGGGCAGGUCAUAGAGGUCGAGAAGGAGUGGCAGUUCUUCGAGCUGUCCAGGUACUCAUACCUGACCUACGCCGAUCUUCUCACCUACAUUAACCAAAUUGGCUCGGGCCUCCGCAAGUUGGGUCUGAGCAAAGGCAGCAGAGUCCACCUGUUUGCGACCACGACUGCGAACUGGAUGGCCAUGUCCCACGCCUGCGGCUCGCAGUCCAUCUCCAUUGUCACCGCCUACGACACCCUUGGCGCCAGCGGUGUCGAGCACUCGCUCCUCCAAUCGGACGCUGAGGCCAUGUAUAUUGACCCUCAGCUCCUCAAGACGGCAGCCGGAGCUUUGAAGAAGGCCGAUAAGGUCAAGUUUGUCAUCUACAACAACAACUCCCUCUUUUCGGAUGGCACCGAGGUCGACGCCUUCAGGAAGGCGAACCCCGACAUCAAGCUCAUCAGCAUCGAAGAGGUGCGCGCAUUGGGCGAGGAGAACCCCGUCGACACCGUCGAGCCCAAGCCUGAUGAACUGUUUUGCAUCAUGUAUACCUCCGGUUCCACUGGCCCGCCCAAGGGCGUGCCCAUGACACACGGAGGUACCGUGGCGGCGAUCACUGGCCUCUACACCUGCGUCGAAGAAUGUGUUAGCCACAGGGAGUACGUCCUGGCAUAUUUACCUCUGGCCCACAUCUUUGAGCUCGUUCUCGAGAAUCUUGUUCUCUUUGCCGGUGGCACCCUGGGCUAUGGCAACCCUAGAACCCUCUCCGACACUUCGGUCAAGAACUGCGCUGGUGAUAUGCGCGAAUUUCGGCCGACGGCUCUGGUAGGCGUGCCCCAGGUCUGGGAGACGGUGAAGAAGGGUAUCAUGGCCAAGGUCAACAGUUCUGGUCCUCUCAUCAAGGCCCUUUUCUGGAGCGCCUUCAACUACAAGACCUUCAUGGUCAAGUAUGGCCUCCCAGGCGCUACUCUUUUUGACAACAUCGUCUUCAAGAAGGUGCGUGAUAUGACGGGUGGCCGUCUUCGCUUCAUUAUGAACGGCGCGAGCGGCAUCUCGGACGGGACGAAGCACUUCCUCUCCAUGACUGUGGCCCCUAUGUUGACUGGCUAUGGUCUGACCGAGACGGCUGCCAACGGUGCCCUUGGCGACCCUCUCGAGUACACAUCUACUGGUAUUGGAUCUAUCCCUGCUGCCGUCGACCUUAAACUCGUCUCCAUCCCAGACCUCAACUACUACGCCGACUCGAACCCGCCUCAGGGCGAAAUUUGGAUCAAGGGUCUCCCUGUGCUGAAGGAGUAUUACAUGAACCCGGAGGAGACAGCCAAGGCCAUCACCAAGGAUGGCUGGUUUAAGACGGGUGACAUCGGAGAAUUCGACUCUGUCGGCCAUGUGCGCGUUAUCGACCGUGUCAAGAACCUCGUCAAGAUGCAGGGAGGAGAGUACAUCGCUCUCGAGAAGCUCGAGACUGUCUACCGCGGCAGCCCCUUCGUAGCCAACCUCAUGGUUUACGGAGACGGCGAGCACUCUCGUGCUAUUGCCGUCAUCGCCCCCAACGAAAAAGCUCUUGCCGAAGAGGCGCAGAAGCUUGGCGUCGACGAGCACAGCAUGCACACUCAUAAGAAGGUUGUUGAUGCCGUGCACAAGGACCUCGUGGCGCUCGGCCGAAAGGCUGGUCUGACGGGCCUUGAGAUCAUCGGCGGUGUCGUUCUGACUGAAGAGGAAUGGACCCCGGACAGCGGCCUCGUCACCGCCACCCAAAAGGUCAACAGGAGAGUCAUCAGGGAAAAGUACAAGUCUCAGAUGGAAAAGGCCUUCACCGACUAAUCGGAAGAAAUCAAAUCUCUCAGUGAGUGGGAACGGAAAGGACUUCGUCUCCAACAGCGUCGCUUAAUUUCUACUAAGCUUUCCUCCACUGUGGUUGAAAAUGCAGGCUUGUAAGGGAGAAACGACAGGAAAGUAGAAUCGGGAGGGGAAUUGCGGCCUGUUGGCUGUCCUUGUAGCACUCAACGAUCUGUCAUGAUGUACUCUACAUAUCUGUUUACUAUUGCCUCAAAUCUCGAUUGCCAAACCCCCCAUUUGCCAAGCCCUUGCAUGGACCUGCUGGUUUAAAUUUGUUAGGUCGGUGUACCUGUUCUUGCUGAGAAAGGUUUCCAUCUAUACAACAUCAGUAGCCUUGCAAUGUUGUUUUGCACACAUUCUGCAGAAGGACAC